AUGAGCGAACACGGAGCGAAAAUAGGAAACAGAGGAUCCAAGAUUGGAGGAAUGCAACGGUCAUGUAUGGUGAACCCACUUUGUUUAAGUAUCAUCAAGGAACACAAAUUUUGCACAAGUGAAUGUGAGUAUAACAACUAUGUGUAUGGUUUAAAUUAUUCGCUUAAACUGUGGUUUGUGAUGAAUACUGUUCAUGUUCUCUGUUUCUUCAUUUCUGCAUUCAUUUUAGUAACUUUUUCGCACAAGCAAGACUUGGCUCCGCCUGAAAAGUUGUUAGAAAGACAAAGUGAAAACGUGACAAGAAGAGCAAAAAGUAAGAGAUAUGCAGAAUUAUGCGCCCAGUGGCAUAGGCCAUGUAGUCCCAUUCAAAAGACACCAGAGCGUACGUGCUGUCGAGGUCAUGCAUGUAUUUGUAAUCUUUACUGGACGGCCUGCACAUGUGUAGAAGCUUUCUUUUAUAAAGCUACCUCAGGGGCUACAACAAUAUGUAAUGUUAUAUCUAUGAGCAUUUCUUUACUUUCUGCUUUUCGCCUGUUCUGUCUGGCCUGGGUGUUGCGAUAA